CGGAGCUGCCCGGACGCGCCGCUCCCGCCGCUCCCCCUCAGCCGGCAGGGCCGGGCCCGCCAUGGCCCCCGCCUGGAUCGGCCGCCUCUGCCUCCUCCUGCUCUGCCUCUGCGGGGAGGCCGCCGCGGGGAGAGACUUCUACAAGAUCCUGGGAGUGUCCCGCGGCGCCUCCAUCAAGGACAUCAAGAAGGCCUAUCGCAAACUGGCGCUGCAGCUCCAUCCCGACAGGAACCCCGACGACCCCCGGGCGCAGGAGAAGUUCCAGGACCUGGGCGCUGCCUACGAGGUGCUGUCAGACGAGGAGAAGAGGAAGCAGUACGAUGCCUACGGAGAAGAGGGCCUGAAGGAUGGGCACCAGAGCUCCCACGGAGACAUCUUCUCCCACUUCUUUGGGGACUUUGGCUUCAUGUUUGGAGGAAACCCUCGCCAGCAAGACAGGAAUAUUCCCCGAGGAAGCGACAUCAUCGUGGACCUGGAGGUCACCCUGGAGGAGGUGUAUUCAGGAAACUUUGUAGAAGUUGUCAGGAACAAGCCAGUGGCAAGACAGGCACCUGGCAAACGGAAAUGCAACUGCAGGCAGGAGAUGAGAACCACCCAGCUGGGGCCUGGGCGCUUCCAGAUGACUCAGGAAGUUGUUUGUGACGAAUGUCCCAACGUCAAGCUGGUGAAUGAGGAGCGGACGCUGGAGGUGGAGAUAGAGCCAGGGGUGAGGGAUGGCAUGGAGUAUCCCUUCAUCGGGGAAGGUGAGCCCCACGUGGAUGGGGAGCCAGGAGAUUUACGCUUCCGAAUAAAAGUCCUUAAGCACCCAGUGUUUGAAAGGAGAGGAGAUGACUUGUACACGAAUGUGACAAUCUCGCUGGUCGAGGCACUGACAGGCUUUGAGAUGGAUAUUGCCCACCUGGAUGGGCACAAGGUUCACAUUGCCCGGGAUAAAACCACAAAACCCGGCGCCAAACUGUGGAAGAAGGGAGAAGGUCUUCCAAACUUUGAUAACAAUAACAUCAAAGGCUCCCUAAUAAUCACCUUUGACGUGGAGUUCCCCAAGGAGCAGCUGACGCCCGAGCAGCGGGAAGGUCUCAAGCAGCUGUUGAAGCAAGGAUCAGUGCAGAAGGUCUACAAUGGAUUGCAGGGAUAUUGAUGUGAGGAAAACUUGGACUUCCCUGGAAAUGCAAAGUCAGAUUUGUUCACGGUCUUUUCUCCUGCUCACUGUAGAAGGGGGAAGAGGGAGGGGGGAGAUGGUUGAGGUUUAGCUCAUUUUUGGUUUGUAAAUUAUGGAAGUGCUCAGAGUUUGAGGAAAUACUUUUUCAGGACAUAACUGGUGCUGCCUAUCAUGUUCCACGUCCUGGAACAACAGAGAUUCCUUGAGCAGGAAAACAUAGGUGGGGAAAAGGAGUUUUAAAUUCCACACAGAUUGGAAUUUCUGGUUUUUAAAUAUAUUUUGAUGUGACUUUU